AACUUGAGCUAGCGGCAGCAGCGGUCCCGUUUGUUUGAAACAUGUCUCCGUGUCCGGACUGCCGUGUUUAAUGUAUCCGAGACUGGGAGUCUUCCUGCGGCACAAAUAACUACUUUAUUUGCAGUGAGUCACCCGGAGCUUUAAAGGCACAGAAGCGGGGUGGUGUGGGGUUUAUUUGGGAGAAGAUGGCGGAGUUCUCGCCCGUCCUGUCGAUUCGGGAUGCAGGAGGACGGCUUGUCCAGCCCGUCUUCCCUCGGUCCAGGUCCGGCUCGGAGUCAGAGAGCGAACUCUCCCAGAGUUUGGCCCGGACCAAGAUCCGCUCGUACGGCAGCACAGCCAGCGUGACGGCGUCACUGGGGGAGAAAUACAUCGAGCAUCGUGUUACGGACAGCGACACCCUGCAGGGCGUCGCGCUCAGAUACGGAGUGACGAUGGAGCAAAUUAAGAGAGCCAACAAGUUAUUCAGCAAUGACUGCAUCUUCCUGAGAAACAGCCUCAACAUCCCAGUGGUGUCAGAGAAGCGCUGCAUAUUUAAUGGACUGUCUCUGGAAUCUCCUGAUGGGGAUUUGGAGACAACGUGUCAAGAAUCCAAUACCUCCUAUGCUGUGUUGCAGGAUAUUGAUGGGCCCUCCCCACCCCUUUCCCCACCUGCUGAUGAUUCCAAACCUGUCCAGCCCCUACCGGAGGAGCUGUCAGCCAAAGACUUCUUACACAGACUGGACUUACAAAUUAAACAAUCAAAGCAGGCGGCGCGCAAGCUGAAAGAAGAGGAAGAAGACAGGAGCAGUGAGGGGACCUCUACAGCCGCCACGACAUCAUACCAGAUUUAAAGACGAGCCACAGUCACUCAGAUGCGCCUCAUUGCUCAGUUUUCUUAUGUUGCUUUUACCAAAAACCAUAUUAAAUUGGAAAAAAAAAUGUCCCAUUUGCCUUUCAUUUGUCAAAAUGUACCAAUUAUAAUAUACUUGUAUAUGAUUGUUGCGGUUUUGUACAGGUUUACGUGGAGGCUCGUAGCAAAGACACAAGCUGCUGUACAGUACCCACCUGCUGCUUACUUUUGCAUUAACCGGUUGCAGAAGGAUUAGCUUGUUAGCUAACUGCUUCUCAUGUUCUAAAUCCCAUCAUAGACUAGCGCCACCACCAUCGGCAAGUAUAUCUCCUCUUCGGUGUCCACCCCCUCCGUAUGUGCACAAUCCAAACAGGAGCAGCGAAUGGACUUGAGCCUUUUAACUUGUUUGCUUUGUACAAAUAUUUAUUGUCCUUUUUAGAGCUGAAGGAACUAUAUAUUUUUGAAGUGUGAAUGCAUUUGUGUAUGCGUGUAUCUGUCUGUGACAGCUGUUUUAAUGUGCUUUACAAUUCUGUUGGUUUUAUUGAGGGAGAAUAAAUAUCUAUUUAAAGGA